AUGUCAGAAUACAGGAAGCUAGUGGAAGGUCUAGAUGAGGCUGCUAUCUUGGAGAAUUUCCCAGAGAUUAUCCCAUUGCAGAGCAGACCAAAUACACACUCAAGCGAAGACGCCAGUCGUGGCAAGGAUGAUGUGUUUGCAGGACAUGAUCAAGAGCAGAUACGAUUGAUGAAUGAGAACUGUAUCGUCUUAGACUGGGAAGAUAACGCCAUCGGUGCCGGAACCAAAAAAGUGUGCCACCUAAUGGACAACAUCAACCGUGGUCUUCUGCAUAGAGCCUUCUCUGUGUUUAUAUUCAACACUGAGGGUAAACUAUUGUUGCAACAAAGAGCUACCGAAAAGAUUACAUUCCCUGAUCUAUGGACCAACACUUGUUGUUCCCAUCCACUUUGUGUUGAUGACGAACUCGGUGAAAACGGCUCUUUGCCAGCUAAGGUUCUUGGUGCCAAGACUGCAGCAAGCAGAAAGUUGGAGCAUGAGCUAGGUAUCCCAGAAGCGGAGACUGCUACUAGAGGUAAGUUCCAUUUCUUGAACAGAAUUCACUAUAUGGCUCCUUCUAACGAGCCAUGGGGUGAGCAUGAAAUUGAUUACAUUCUAUUCUACAAGAUCGAUGAAGGUAAACAACUCACUGUACAACCAAACUUAAAUGAAGUCAGGGAUUUCCGUUGGGUUUCGGCCGAUGAAUUGAAGGCUAUGUUUAACGACCCACAAUACAAGUUCACUCCUUGGUUCAAAAUUAUCUGCGAUAGUUAUUUAUUCCAAUGGUGGGAGCAAUUACAGGACUUGUCAAAGGUUGAAAACGAUUCUCAAAUACAUAGAAUGUUAUGA